AUGCAAUUCUUGACCCACUCAAUUCUUUUGUUCCUCGCUGCUGCUGUUAUUGCUAAAAACAUCAUCUUGAGUAACGAUGAUGGUUGGCAAGCAACCAACAUUAGAGCCACUUACUACAAAUUGAAAGAGGCUGGCCACAAUGUGUUUUUGGUUGCGCCUGUUUCGCAAAGAUCAGGUUUUGGUGGUAAAUUUGAUAUCCCAACUUCUGCAACUUUGCAAACUGAUGGUGAAUUCAAAUACCCACCUGCAGGCUCUCCAUCUUGGGGUCACGAAGAAGACGAUGAUCAUAUUUGGUAUUUCAAUGGUACUCCAGCUUCAUCAAUUGCUUUCGGUUUGCAAUACGUUGUUCCAGAAAAGUUCAACAACAUCACCAUUGAUUUAGUUGUUGCUGGACCAAAUGAAGGUACCAACAUGUCUCCAGGCAUGUUUACUUUGUCAGGAACUAUUGGUGCUACUUACAACUCCGUCUACAGAGGAUACCCAGCUGUUGCUUUCAGUGGUUCCAACUCCAACAACUCAUUCUUUAAGGAUUCCUUGGACUUGAAUGAUACCAGCGAGCCAUCUACCAUUUACGCCAACAAGGUUACCGAAUUUGUUGAACAAUUGUUCAAAGCUCAAGGAGACAACUCAAGAGCUUUACCACUUGGUGUUGGUUUGAAUGUCAACUUCCCAAAAGUCGGUUACCAAAAUGAAUCUUGUUCUGACCCAGCAUGGGUUUACACUAGAUUAACUGGUCAAUAUGCUAGCGGUGCAGACUUGAAGUUCAAUGCUACAUCAAACUUGUUUGAAUACGCUCAAACCAGCUGGCAAGCUCUCACCGUUUGCAACAACGGUGACUGCUCUUUACCAUCAGAAAACUUGAUUGUCGAACAUACCAACUGUGCUUCAGCUGUUUCUGUUUUCAAUAUUGAUUACGAUUCCAACUUGGGAAUCACCAACCAAGUCGAAGGUUUGUUGAACCCAUUGUUCAAGAAAGAUUAG